CGUGAACCGUYCAGUAUGAAAAACUCUCGACGAAGUUUCCUUUUCUUCUCAGUUUCACCUCAAUUUGAAAUCGAAUUAGAAAAGAUUCAGGAAUCAAUACCAGUCAGGGGUUGGCACACAAAGGGAUUCAUUUUAAWAGAGUCAAGUUUAAGUUUAUUCAGAUGAUCGACUCUGAAUGAACACAAAAUCAAAAUUACAAGUAAUCGAAAAAUAUCAGUUUAUCAUGGGAACGUCAAAAGAUGUCAAAUCCAAAAACAAAGACACUGGGUCGUCGAAGACGACAUCUUUUUCAGCCGCAGCCAAAUUUCUUCUGAUUCCGACGACAGCAACCUUCAUUCUGUCUGCUAUGGGGUUUUCGUAUACAAUAGCAGCCCUGCCGUACGUUGUGAUCAAAUCCAGGAUGCUCAAUGCCGACAAAGGUGAAAGCACUGCACAAUUUUGGACCAAAUUCUUGAUUAUGGAAGUCUUCUAUUGCGCUAUGCUAUCGGCGUUUGCCUUUGUKGUCCUACUGCCGAUGUUUGGAAUCCAGUUCACGGGCUUUCACACGCUAGCAUUCUACCUGCCCAUGUUUACCAUCACCCUACACGACCGUCGGCACCAAUACGGUCCAUUCGGGACUUUUGUCGUUCAGACCUUCUUUGAUGUGCCCCUUGUAGUUGCAGGAUAUAUUUGCCGGGAGUUAUUUGGCCUGCGCCUCCUAGCGCCUUGGGCCGAUAUUCUAGACGACACAAUCGUCCAGGGCUCUUUGCCAUUUCCCAGCGACAUUGCGGUCCUUGCUGCGGAACCCUACAACGUCGGUUUGAUCAUAAAUAUGUGCCGGGAAUAUGGUGGUGCCAAGGACGAAAUGAAACGAUGCGGCAUCGUACAGUGCUAUUUGCCACACCAAGACACAACAGCACCCUCGUAUGAGUCCUUGGUGAAGGGAUGCGCCCACAUAAAGCAGUUCAAGAAACACAACCCCGAAAAGCGUGUCUAUGUCCACUGCAAGGGGGGAAUUGCCCGCGCCUCUACYAUGUCACUCGCUCACUAUGUUUSCAACGAAGACCAGGACCCUUCGGUGGCGAUCCGAGCUAUGAAGACGAAGCGUCCCGUGGUUUUUGCAGGGGUCAAAGAUUUUCCCGCCAUUAUCAAGCUCAACGACGAGCGGCUGUCGAAAGAACAACAAGAGCCAAAAAAGGCGAAGUAACAGAGCGGCUGUCAAGAAUUCGUGCGAAGUCGAAAUGGAAUGGAAUAGGCUUGCCUGUGUCAACCCAAGUAUUUUCAGUUUGUUCUUAUCCGCUUGUUAGCCAGGAGAUGCAAGCAAGAACUAGUUUCAUUUUACGGAACCAUAGUAUUUUGUUUCAUAUUGGUGGUGACAUUUUCUCGUCGUUGCCUUGCAUAAAGAGGCCAAGUGCGUUGAUCCGGGUAGAUGGAACGCUUGCGACAAUACAGCCAUGUUGUCUUCCUCCAACACCCAUAGCGAAGCGAACUUCUUAGAUUUUGUUCAAGUCUCUACAAUCUUCUAAAGACCAGUUGUAAGGAGGAUAAACACUCUCUACAAUAUUUCAACUUUCUACUGACGUCAUUUUUCACUGCGAAAUCAUUUCAACAAAGGUACUACUAAGUACUUCUAAUAUGUUUCGAACAAAAGCGAUUUAAAGAUACAGCAUCAAGGGCGUGUAAGCAAUGCUGCUGGACUCGUCAGAAUAAUAUCACUUCAACAAC